UGUGUGAAUGUGUUGAUGCUGUGUGAAUUUGUGCUGCUCCUCUUCCUCUCUAAAGCCGCUCUUCCUCCUGUGUGUCAGGGCUGCGGGUUCGGCUACAGGUACACCCGCCUGCCCCACCUGCUGAAGACCAAACCUGAGGACGCCAACCUGCCCAGCCUGCAGAGAGAUCUGUCCAUUGCUAGUUUCCAGAAGCCGUGUCCAUCGUUGCUGCUGCAGAGACACAUGGCGGAGCUGCUGAGCACGGACAAAGACAUGGCCGCCUCCUUCCUCAACAGCGUCCUGAACCAACUCAACUGGGCCUUCUCCGAGUUCAUCGGCAUGAUCCAGGAGAUCCAACAGGCCGCGGAGCGCCCAGAGAGGAACUUUGUGGACACCCGUCAGUUGAAGGUGUGCGCGACCUGCUUCGAUCUGUCCGUCAGCCUGCUCAGGGUUCUGGAGAUGACCGUGACUCUGGUUCCGGAGAUCUUCCUGGACUGGACCCGGCCGUCGGCGGAGCUGCUGCUGAGGCGGCUCGCCCAGCUGCUGAACCAGGUUCUGAACCGAGUCACAGCCGAGAAGAACCUGUUCGAUCGGGUCGUCAACCUGCGACUGCCAGGUCUGGAGAGCGUGGACCACUACCCGAUCCUGGUGGCCGUGACGGGAAUCCUGGUCCGGAUCCUGGUGGACGGAGACAAACAGGGAACGUCCAGAGCUGCCUCCGUCCUCCUCUCAGACCCCUGCUUCCAGCUCCACUCCAUCCAGCACCUCCUGGGGGAACCAGCAGAGUCCGCCGGGCCCACAGCCGCCGGCCGGCCCGCAGCCGGGCCUCCGGGUCCCUCUGCGGCGCCGCCGGCUCCUCUGGCUGCUGGGAGCGCCUCAGAGAGGAAACACUUCUCCCUGCAUGCAUACACCGACUACAUCAGCCUGGAGGAGAAGCAGAAGGUGGAGGAGAUGCUGGAGUUCCUCACCGAGGAGUCCAAGCAGGCCGCUGCCUCCACAGCGCCGACCAGCGAGGAAGAUCUCUGCCCCAUCUGCUACGCCCACUCCAUCUCCGCCGUCUUCAGGCCCUGCUCACACAAGUCCUGCAAAGCCUGCAUCAAUCAGCAUCUGAUGAACAACAAGGAUUGCUUCUUCUGCAAGGCCACCAUCACCGGGGUGGAGGACUACAGCAAGCCGUCCUAACACACACUCUCACACACACACACACACACACAGCCCUCCACCGGAGCUCCGCCUACUGCCGAACAUGGAGGCGUCUGCAGCCAAUCAGCUGGC